AUGGCGAGAGCAGAAUCCUCCAAAGACGCCCAAACAAACGGCACAAAGGCCCAGACAAAUGGCUCCUCCACCACCUACGAGCUGCCAUGGGUGGAAAAAUACCGCCCCGUCUUCCUCGACGACAUAGUCGGCAACACGGAAACGAUCGAACGCCUCAAAAUCAUCGCCAAAGACGGCAACAUGCCGCACGUCAUCAUCAGCGGCAUGCCAGGCAUCGGCAAAACCACCUCCAUCCUCUGUCUCGCCCGCCAACUGCUCGGCGAUGCCUACAAGGAAGCCGUGCUGGAACUUAACGCGUCCGAUGAGCGCGGUAUCGAUGUCGUAAGAAAUAGGAUCAAGGGCUUCGCGCAGAAGAAAGUGACGCUGCCCGCAGGCAGGCAGAAGAUCGUGAUUCUGGACGAAGCGGACAGCAUGACGAGCGGCGCGCAGCAGGCCCUUCGACGGACGAUGGAGAUCUACUCGGGCACGACACGCUUCGCCUUCGCGUGCAACCAGUCGAACAAAAUCAUCGAGCCACUACAAUCUCGCUGUGCCAUCCUGCGGUACGCCCGACUGCAGGAUUCGCAGGUCGCGUGGCGGGUCAAGCAGAUCUGCGAGGCGGAGAAGGUGGAUUAUAGCGAUGAUGGGCUGGCGGCGUUGGUGUUCAGCGCGGAGGGCGAUAUGCGGCAGGCGAUCAAUAAUUUGCAGAGCACGCAUGCGGGGUUCGGGUUUGUGAAUAGUGAUAAUGUGUUUCGGGUAGUGGAUAGUCCGCAUCCGAUCAAGGUGCAGGCGAUGGUGAGGCAUUGUCAGGAGCAGAAAGUCGACGAGGCGUUGGAUUCGUUAAAGGAGUUAUGGACCCUCGGCUACUCCUCCCACGACAUCAUCAGCACCAUGUUCAAAGUCACCAAGACGAUCCCCGAACUCUCAGAACAUACCAAGCUGGAAUUCAUCCGCGAGAUCGGUUUCACGCACAUGCGAAUUCUGGAGGGAAUGCAGACGUAUUUGCAGUUGGCGGGCUGCGUGGCGAAGCUGUGCAAGCUCAACAUGAAGCCGCAGUUGUUCGAUUUGCCCAAGAAAUAG